CUCGACUGUCAAAGUAUAUCCCUGAAAAAUGUAAACAAACUGCCUUUCACGAUAAAGUGGCCAGCAUCUAUUUGAUAACAGUUCCAUUUCUUUUUGUUUAACCGCGUAACCAUGAGCUUAGCUAUUAAGCGACAAAUUUCUGAAUUGACAGCACUUCCGGAAUCAACAUCGAUUGUCCCUCAGAUUCCAACCCAUCGGCUGUACAAACGCAUCCGACGCAAUGCUUGCAAAUCCAGCGGAGCACUUACUUCCAUCCUUGGGUACGUGAACCUGCUGGAAGACGCGUCCAGCAACGAGGCGCUCCAGAUUCUGCUCAAAAUCACCGAUUCGAUGCACUUCGAUGAAAGCGAAUUCCCGGACGCAAUCCGCAAGCUGGUCGAACACUUCCAGCGCGAACCCGAGUCCGCCGUACGGGUGAAAAUUCUCUCCCUGUUUGCCGACCUGGCCAUCGAAACCGGCAUCGAUGGUCAGCAGCUAAUCGAUGAGGUUAUCAAGCUGCUGAAGGUAGAGAAAUCGGCCAAAGUCAUCUCGCAGGGGCUGAUCGUGCUGGAAAAGAUUGGCAAAUCCUUCACACCGUCCGUGGCGUACAUCAACCAGAUGGUGUUCUUUGCGAAGGUGAAACUAUUCUCGCCCAGCCACAACGUGCAGCGCCAUGCCAUACUGCUGCUGGGCGUUUUCGUGCUGAUUUCGGACGCAGAAAAGGAAAGUCUGGAACUGAUCGGCAAGUAUACCGAUUCGCCGGAUGCCCGUGUCCGUGCGCAAGCGUUCCGCUCGAUGCUGACUCUGGGCGACCGUGGUGUGCAGCUGCCAGCAUCUUUGUACCCGCGGGCGUGCGCUUCUCUUACGGACGAUUAUGAGUGUGUGAGGAGAGAGGCGUUGAACAUGGUUUUCGAACUGGGCGUGCGUCAUCCGGAAGAAAUGAUUAAAGUGCAAGAUUCGGAACAGGAGGUUCGGCUCAUCGAUGACGCAUUCGGGAAGGUUUGUUCCGCGAUUUGCGACCUCUCGAUGAACAUACGCACGCUGGCCGCCGAGCUGCUCGGUGGCAUGACGAUGGUGAGCGAUGAGUUCCUCCACCAAACGCUGGACAAGAAACUGAUGAGCAACAUGCGCAAGAAGAGAAGUCUCCACGAACGAAGUGCAGCACACUUUGCGAGCGGAGAGUGGUCCAGUGGCAAGAAGUGGGCCGACGAUGCACCGAAGGAAGUCAUCAGCGCCGACUCGGUGUCCCUCAUGGCGUCCGGUGCGUGUGGAGCGCUGGUGCAAGGGUUGGAAGAUGAAUUCCUGGAGGUCCGAACGGCGUCGGUCAACUCGAUGUGCAAACUGGCACUCAAAAACCCACUGUUUGCGGUCACAUCGCUCGACUUCCUGGUGGACAUGUUCAACGACGAAAUCGAAGAGGUACGGCUGCGAGCGAUCUACAGCCUGACCGCCAUCUCGAGACACAUCAUCCUGCGUGAGGAUCAGCUCGAAACGAUGCUCAGCUCGCUGGAGGACUACUCGGUGGAGGUUCGCGAAGGACUGCAUCUGAUGCUGGGUGCGUGCAAAGUGUCCACCAAGGCUUGCCUUACGCUCGUCGUCUCGAAGGUGCUGGACGUGUUGCUGAAGUAUCCGGAAGAUCGACUGUCAACGUUUGGCUGCAUGCAGCGCGUAGGACAGAAGCAUCCGGAAAUCUGCAUGUCCGUCACACCCCACCUGCUGACGGACCAUCCGUUCUUCGAUAAUGCCGAGCGGGACGUGGAGGACCCGGCGUACGUGUGUGUGUUGAUCAUGCUGUUCAACGCGGCGCAACAUCUGCCGGCCAUGCUGAGCCUGUUUCCGGAAACCAUAAUCAAACACUACGCGUAUCUGCGUGACACGAUGCCGAAUUUCGUUCCCCGGCUAGCGGUGAGCGGUGAUACGAAGGAGCUCAAUCUGGUCGGGUCAACCGGAUCGAGACAGUUUCUCGAGACGCUGCUGAGCAACAUUCAGCGCGCUUACUCCGCGCCGCAGGCCAGACAAGCGCUGCUCAAAGCCGCCCAGGACGAUCUGGACCGGUUGGCGGAGAUUGAUCCGGCUUUUUCCGGUACGGCCAACUUUACGUCCGUGUUCUUUGGCGCCCAGCUGCAGAUGGAACAGCUGCAGCUAGCUACCACCGGCCAAUCGAUCAAGGCUCCGAUCAAGGAAUGCCUGCUGCAGCUGAUCAAAAAGUGUCUGAUGCUGCAGAAUCUCUUCUCCAACCUUACUACCGACGAUCAGUUGCUCGUGAAGCAGAUGUGUUUGCGUGCCAGCGCCCUCAAUCUGGUGUUGAUCGUGAAGGAUCGCUCGCAGAGUGCUCUAGGGCCGUGUCAGCUGUUGCUGCACAUAGCGAGCGAUACGAGCAGCUUCCUGCAGGAAAACACACUGCUCGUUGCUGACACGUUUACCAGUGCAAUUCUCACCAAACUGGCCUCGGUAGGCGAUCCAAAACCGGGGCGCGUAUAUCGCGAAAUUUUACCGAUAGUUCAGACAGCUGCUCCGGUCGUUAUUCCACAAAUCAACACAAACAUAAAAAUGUGUAAAGCACGCAUUAUCGAACCCACCGAGACGUCGUACAGCGCCGAGAACGUCAUCAAGGUAACGGCUGGCUUAAUAGCGGCCGUACCCUUCGUGGCGGAGCUGGAAAAUCUCCAGCAAAGCCAGCGGCAAGAUUUGCGCCUCAAGGUGAAAUAUCCGGAUCAAAAUGUGCACAUUAUCGUGCCCCGGAAGCGCGAUUUGAAAAAGGUUAUGACGGAACAGGGCGAGAGUGAAUCACAAUGGCGGUUACGGACGAAGGUUCUACUCUCGCACGGUGUGUGGACCGAAGCCUCGACUGUGGAGAUAACGAUAUGCCUGUCGGUCAAACCUAACAAUGAGCUGGAGCUGUGUAAACCGGUAAAGGUACACUUUGCACCGAAACCGGUCAAACGAGGGUUGUAAAAACUGACAGCGCUAGCAGUUAAGCUUAGGGCAGGAGAAAACAGUAUCGAGUGACCAAUAAAAAGGGUUUUGAUCUUUAAGCAGUGUCUAUCAACUA